ACCAUAUCUAGCAAGUCGCUAAGAUAGUACGAGAUCAAUGUAUUUCCGGACCACUGGGUAAACAAUCCCAAAAACGCGGAGAUGAGCAUCCGACGCCGCAUCCCCGCGGUGCGGAACAUGUCCCACCAGCUUUGUUUCGCCUGUUCGAGCUCGAGCUUGAUGGUCCGUUCAAUCUGGGCAAUCUCCGCGCGCACGAUAACGGAGUUUCGGUCUCCCUCAGCAUGGUAUCUGGCCAGAAUGUCGAAGGCUUCUUCGUGUCGGUCUUUGCUGAUCAAAUAUCGAGGGCUCUCCGGCAGGAAGAAAACAAAUACCACCUGGAUCAUAGCAGGAGCCAGUUGCAGCAGUGACGGGAUCCUCCACGCCCAGUUGCUUGCGAUAGUGACUGUGCCCAAACCGACGGAAGCAGCCACGAUUUGGCCGAUGAAAUAGGAUGAGUUAAACAAGGACGUGAGGAUUGGUCGUUCCUUGGGAUAACCGAGUUCACCGAUGAGAGAAGAUCCAGCCACAAUGCAAU